AUGGCGGAGAAGCUUAAUGAGUACCAGGGGGUGACGGGAAGACUGCACUGUGCCAAGGAACGGUACCGGGAACGCUUGGCGCUAUGGAGAGAGGAGCAUCCAAGAGGAAUCCGGGAAGUUGUUCGGGAAACCUUUUUCGGUAUUCCAUCGUCAGAUGAUGCACCAGAGAGGGUCGGGCAAGAUGGCGAAGCCGGUGAAUAUAGUGAUUUGUUCAGGCGGAAAAGUCGGUUGGAGUUGAUGAGGAUAUCUGCUGCUGUCAUGGGCAUAGAGUUCUCAUACGCUGGAGAAACAGCUUUCGUGUCUCCCACGUUGUUGCAAAUAGGGGUGCCACAUCAGCAAAUGACCCUCGUUUGGGCUUUGUCACCUCUAAUCGGAUUCUUCAUGACACCACUCCUUGGCUCACUCAGCGAUAGAUGCAAUUCGAGAUUUGGUCGAAGAAGACCGUUCAUUGUCCUCAUGUCCAUAGGUGUAUUUUUAGGGUUGAUCCUUGUACCGAACGGGGAGGCGAUAGGCUAUGCGAUGGGAGACCUCGGCACUGAUAACAGGACAGAGGUGCCGGCCGUUCUGGGGCCCAGGAGCUCGGCUCUGGACACGGCUGGCACCAGCCACCAUCCGUGGGGAGUGUUCUUCACGGUCCUUGGCACGGUGUUCUUGGACUUUGACGCCGAUGCGUGCCAGAGCCCCGCGAGGGCUUAUCUCCUUGACGUGACAGUUCCAGAGGACCAUGCCAGAGGCCUUAGCACCUUCACAAUAAUGGCAGGCUUGGGAGGGUUUAUGGGUUACGCGCUCGGCGGAAUAAACUGGGAUGAAACAACUUUAGGUGAAAUAUUUGGCGGUCACGUCAGGGCAGUCUUUUCCCUGAUUACUAUAAUUUUCAUCGCCUGCGUUUCGGCCACUGUGACCAGCUUCAAAGAGAUCCCUCUGAGCGAGCUGCAGGGGAAUGAGGAGCUCAGGAAACCGGCUCGAAGUGAACGACUGCGCGAAAGUUUCGACGACGACGACGGAGAAGUGGAGAAAAACGGUCUAAAAGUGGAGAACGCGUCGUACGGAUCUUUGAAUCAACCGGAGGUCGAAAUUACGCUGAACGUCCCAGAAUGUCCACAUGGUGGGGAGCAAUUGUCAUUGCGUCAUUAUCUCAAGUCCAUAGUGGUGAUGCCCAACUCCCUACGUGUGGUAUGCUUGACUAACCUCUUUUGCUGGAUGGCACAUGUCUGCUAUUCACUAUAUUUCACGGACUUUGUCGGCGAAGCCGUCUUCGGUGGUAAUCCAGCUGCGCCUGUGGGAAGUCCGAGUCGGAUAGAUUACGAGGCGGGAGUGCGCUUUGGCUGCUGGGGAAUGGCGAUGUACUCACUUUCGUGUGCUUGCUACUCCACCAUCAUAGAGAAACUAAUUAAAAGAUUAGGUGCCAAGAAGGUGUACGUCGGCGGGCUAUGCACUUACAGCUGUGGUAUGCUAGUGCUGAGUAUACUGCGCGCUCGCGCCGCGGUGAUACUCUUCAGCUGGACAGCUGGAGUCAUGUAUUCGACGCUCUUCACCAUGCCUUACCUGCUGGUGGCGCACUAUCACGCAACGGGCAUGUGGGACAGUGCCGGCGGAGGUAGUGGCGAGGAGCGAGGCAUAGGAACGGAUGUGGCUGUGGUGAGCAGCUGUGUCUUCGUCGCUCAGCUGUUGGUCUCCUUCAUAAUGGGCUUCGCCGUGAAGGCUAUGGGCUCGACGGCGGCGGUGGUCACCGUCGCAGCGCUUCUCGCCGCCGCCGCCGCCUUCACGGCGACCAAGAUAACCUAUUUGGAUUUG